UGUCUGCAUUCGGCAGCAAGUGGCCUGAAAAAUCACCAGGCGCAAGUUUUGCCCGGGUCUUUAUCUCGCUCGGCCACGCUUCCUUCUCUUUGAGCCUUCUGAGGCCGCUUCCCCCUCAGGAAAAAAAAAAAAAAAAAGACAGAGGGAGGAGGGUCACGCACCCCAGGGGAAAGGAAAAACCGUUGGGAAAACACGGCGGCUGGGUGGACAUGGAUGAGUCCAGCAGCAGCCCAGCAGAGGAGGAGCAGGCUUUGAAUUACGGGCCGCCCCCUCUCUAUCACCCAGCACCCCAGCACAGAUUCAACAGAGGAAACGGAAAAGACGAAACAUACAAGAAGGCUUUUCAUUUCAAAACCCCGGGGCUGUGGAAAGAACAGAGAGUUCGGUUGUUUUUUUUUAUAUAUACCUAAACUUGUCCACUUUUGGCUUCAUUGUUAGACCACGAAACCCGCUCUUCCACCCCGCCAUUUCCUCUUUUUGCCCAUAUUUUCCCCAGCUGUUUGCAGCUGGCAGAAAGCACCCGCCCUGUUACGGAAAAAGGGACCGAGAGUGACCGGAGGAGGAGAGAGAUGCCACCCCAACCUCCCCAGCCGCAGGUGAGGCAGAAUAUCCUGAAGUUCCUCAAGAGUUUUUUGGGAAUCGUCCGGAUCCUGCAGAUCGUGUUCGGGGCCGGGCUUUGGGUCACCAUCGCCGCCAACAAAUACGAGGGCUCCAUCCACUUCGUCCUCUUCGUAGCCGUGCUCUUCUGGCUCCUCGCCCUCGCCCUUUUCUUCCUCACGCUUCUGGACAAGCAGGACGUCGUCCCCCUGCUGGGAGGGGAGCGCUGGUUGUCCACCAACCUGGCGCACGACGUGGCCGCCGUCGUGCUCCACCUGCCGGCCAUGGGUAUCAUGAUCUACAAGAUGGAUCGCUACUCGUACUGCAACCUGGAGCUGUACAAGCACUUCUGUCUGUACAAGAUCUACCUGACAGCCGCUGUGUUCGCCAGCCUGUGCUGCCUGGCUUACCUCCUGUCGGCUGUUUAUGGGGCGUGCAGGAAGUGUCUGGGCGAGCAAACGGUCAUCUGAUGAGACUGGGGAGAGGGGGUGAUGA